AUUGAAAGGUCAAAAAGCAACUCAUUCUAUCAUCACUCUCACUCUUGCGAAAGAAGAGGAAGAGCCAGCAAUCAAUCUUUGUAUUGAGAAAAUGUCAGUUUCAGCGAUUCUCGGUUGCAGAGUGGCGGUGGUGCCCAACACUUGUUCCUUCUCAUCCUCCGUCGCCGGCAGUGGUGCAAUCAAGUUAAGUCCAAUCGUAGGCGCUAAUGGCGGCGGCGGCGGCGGCGGUGGGUUAGUGAUAGAGUGUUCGUCGCGGCCGAAGAAGAAGGCAACGGCACACCACAGGAAGACAAGGCCGAAGAAGACUCAGCUUUGGGACAUCAAACGUGGGCCCACUGUCUACCCUCCUCUCCCACCCCUCCCUCCUGACUGGACUUUCCUCGUCAGCGAUGACGCUGUUGCUGUUGCCGAUCCUCCUCCUCAGCCACUCGUAACCCAGUAAUCUUCUUCGUUAAUUCGUACUCUAUGUUAUAAUUGAGUCGACUCUGUUUUUAUUUAUUUUUUAUUUUUUUAUUUUUAUGACAUUUGAUCCUUUAUGUUGCCUCUUUUCAUGUAUGCCAGUGUGUUUGUCUGUGUUGUUUUGGUUUUUGAUGAAUCAAAUUGUGAAAUGUAAUUGAGUAGAAUCUUUCAUAGCUCA